GAGAGAGAUGGAUAUGGGAUUGGGAUUUCUUCUCUCAAAUCUAGUGCUAGUGGAGAGACGCCACUUGUAUCGAGGCGAUCAUAUAUACACCCGCGCAGGUUUUUGUGCGUACCAUGGUAUAUACAAGGGUGAAGACCAAGUGGUGCACUUCAUCAGUGCUCCACAAAGAAGAAGGGGACGCUGCUCAGCUUGUGACUUGUUAGAUUAUAUUGAUCGUAACAGUGGAGUCGUCGUAUCGUGUCUCGAUUGCUUCCUUAACUCGGGAGAGUUAUACCGUUAUGAGUACGGCGUUAGCCCGAUAGCCCUUUUUUUGUACGGUCCCAUUUUCAAUACUAUUGCAGAAUCCGGUCCGGUGGAGGUGGUGAUGGAGAGGGCUGAGAAGCUGCUUAGAGAUAAUGAUUUUUUCACUAAUAACUGCGAAAAUUUUGCAAUUUACUGCAAAACUGGGCGCUCUUGGAAUAGGGCUCAAGUCUUCGUCGGCCGUGUAGGAAAUACAAAUUUUCCGACGCCGGCAAUCACGUCGAAGUCGCCCACAAACAUUCAUGCAUGCGUCGAGUCUGGAUCUCUCACUGGCCUGAAGAAGCUACUCGCUCAAAAUCCUUCUUCUCUUAACGAGAGGAGCAAUGUUUUGAGACAGACGCCAUUACAUAUUGCUGCUAGUCAGAACAAAGUUGAUGUAAUGAAAUAUUUGUUGGAGUGGAGUGGAGCAGUGAAGGUGGAGUUGGAAGCCAACAACGUCUAUGGUGAGACCCCUUUGCACGAGGCAAUUAAGAAUGGAUGCAACGGCGCCGUUAGGAUGCUUCUUCAGCACGGUGCCAACGUCGAAGCCAGAACCAAUAAGUCGAAGACUCCGUUGCAUCUCGCCGUUGGUUACGCGCUGAGGUCCGGAGACAACUCGGUUGUCAAGAUGUUGUCUGAACACAAUGUUGAUUUCUCAGCACAAGAUGAUGAAGGCAAGAUUCCAUUCAAUUAUAUUCCAUCAGGAGUCGCCGAGAACGAUGAACUGAUGCGCCUCUGCCAAAAUAUGGAAGAGCCAAUGAAGCACAACGGUGGGGUGAAGGGGAAGAUGGAUGAAUUUGAGUUGGAGCUAUCGAAGAUAGUAGGACUACACGAGCUCAAGUUGCAGCUUCGAAGAUGGGCCAAGGGCAUGCUCUUGGACGAGAAGCGCCGUGCCACGGGCCUAGACCUCGGCCCCAGGAAACCGCCUCACAUGGCCUUCCUUGGAAACCCCGGGACAGGAAAGACUACAAUUGCAAGAAUCCUAGGAAAGCUACUCUGUUGCGUUGGUGUUCUGUCUUCUGAUAAGGUAACGGAGGUGCAACGAACGGAUUUGGUCGGGGAAUAUAUCGGCCAAACUGGUCCAAAGACUAGGAAAAAGAUUGAAGAGGCAAUGGGUGGGAUUUUGUUUGUGGACGAAGCAUACCGUCUAACACCUGAAGACGAGAUAACAGACUACGGUGUGGAAGCACUGGAAGAGAUCAUGUCAGUGUUGGAGGAUGGCCAUCUCCUUGUGAUCUUCGCGGGCUACAAGGAGCCCAUGAAGUGUGUCUUCUCUUGCAACGAAGGCUUCUGCAGACGGGUAACUCACUUCUUCCAGUUCGAUGAUUUCAGCUGCAGGGAGCUCGCGGAGAUGCUGCUGCUGAAGAUGAGCAAGCAGGAUAAGAAGAGGAGCCACUUGUACGGGUUUAAGCUCGAUUCUUGCUGCAGUCUUGAUGCUGUGGAGUCGGUUAUAGAGAGGAAGUCGAGCAAGAAGCUUAGGAGUAAGAUGAAUGGAGGUUUGGUGGAUCAUUUGCUCAACAAUGCCAGAGAGAAUCUUGAUUCUAGGGUCAGCUUUGAGGCCGAUGGCGAUGAGCUGUUGACCAUCACGUUGAGCGAUUUGGAGGCAGGCCUCGAGCAGCUGGUGCGUCGGUCGUCUUACUGAGGAAGAGAAGAUUAAGGUUGUUGAUGGAGGAAAUUGAGAGAAGGUGAAAGUCAGCAGCCAUUGGGGAAUUGAGUUCAUGGAUGCUAUGGCUCUUGAAUAUAUGUUGAAUUAUGAAUUGAGUUCAUGGAUGCUAUGGCUCUUGAAUAUAUGUUGAAUUAGAAUGUAUGUGCUUGAUUUUGAAUGCUAGUAUAUAUUCGAUUGGGUUAGUAUUCAAAUAAUAAUACAAAAUCACGAUAUUCAACUAAUCAAAUAAGGUUUGUAUAUAUAGCUGUUCCGAGACAUUGUUUUAGAUCAAAUCUUUUAAAUUGGGAUUGCAGUAUCGCAUAUUUGUUCAUAACUA